UUUCUACCAGUGUUUGUGUCUCAUGAUUUUUCCUCGUUCUUUCUCUUGUUUUAUUUGUGAGCAGAUGGAAAACUAUACAUACAACAGCCUCACUCUUCAGCUGGAGGGGUUAAUGGUCACCAAGACUAACAAGUACCCGCUCUUCAUCUUUCUGCUUUUGGCCUACAUGUUCAUCUUUGUUGCUAACGUGGGCAUUGUGGUCUUGAUAUGGACAGACAGAAGCCUGCACCAGCCAAUGUAUCUCCUCUUCUGUAACCUGUCAGUCAAUGACAUGAUGGGAAACUCUCUUCUUGUUCCCCGAGUUCUCGCAGACAUCCUGGUGCCUCCCUCUGAGCGACACAUUCACUACUAUGAGUGUGUAAUGCAAGCUUUUACUGCACACAUGUUUGGUACCAAUGCUCACACAGUGCUCAUGAUUAUGGCCUUUGACAGAUAUGUGGCCAUCUGCAAUCCGCUGCGAUAUUCUACUGUAAUGACUGACAAAAUGGUGAUCAAGCUGACAGUUUCUGCCUGGGGAGUGGCCUUUGUUUUGGUUGCGAUUUUGCUCAGUCUGACCUUAAGACUUAACCGAUGUCGGACUCUGAUCAUGAAUGUGUUCUGUGAUAAUGCCUCAUUGUUUAAACUCUCCUGUGAGAAUGUGUUCAUCAAUAACAUCUAUGGCCUCACUUAUACUAUGGUCCUGCUCUUAUCCUCUGUUGGCAGUAUAAUCCUCACUUAUUCUAAAAUCACAGAGGCCUGUCUGACUAGUAAGAGCAAGUCUUUGAAUAGUAAAGCCUUGAAGACCUGCAGUACUCAUCUGUGCCUGUAUCUGAUUAUGUUCAUCAGUGGGUUGGUUCCCAUUAUUCUCCAUCGUUUCCCUCAGUACGCAGAGUACAGGAAGGUUUCAGCCAUUCUGUUUAACGUUGUUCCCGGCAGCCUGAACCCUGUCAUCUACGGGCUGCAGUCCCAGGAAAUACACAAGAAACUGAUGAGUUUGUUCAGCAGAAAUAUGACUGUGAGCUUCUCAUGUAAAGAAACCUGCAGCAGAGAGUCCCGGACGGGUUCUAGAACCAGACCUUGA